AUGUCACACGUCAACGAAGAAACAACAUCGACAAGCAACGUCUCACAAAGAGCGUCGCAAUGCCGAAAUGGCACAACGGUUUCCGCAGGUAAUGAAGGUGAAACACAUGACAAUAGGCCACACAGGUCCCUUUUCUCCAAAACAGCUGCUAUGCUUUUUGCUGCUGCUUGCAUCUGCGUAACGCAUCCAGAUAAAUUCGACAGACACGCAGAGCCUUUGGCCAAAUUACGCGUACAUAACAGAGUCGCGCGCAGUUUAGCAAAGGUAAAACUAUUUGCAUCAGAUGAUGAACUUGAAUUAGAUCCGAUGGUAUUCGAACACUAUGACGGGGCCUACGACGAUGUCGACGAACCUUAUGCAGAAGCGUAUGGAUUUCCCCCCAAACGAGUAUACUCUCGCAACCAAUGGACAAAACCCAAAAAACGAUGUUAUAGAGACGGACCAGGAGCUAUUCUAAAAGAACGGAAAAUAGUGGAGUACGAGAUACCACAACAAGUCCAUUAUGAACGAAAGUGGAAAAUAGAACAUGAUGCAAGGGAAGAAGAAGUCCAUAACGGCGACAAAUUAUCUGCCGAUGUAGCAGUCGCCGCGUCAGUUAACAAAUCUAGAACAUCCGUUUCGAAGUUGGGUGCAGAAGAGCCGUUGCCAUCAUCCCCACAAAAUAAAGGACAAAGUGGACAAACGAAACAGGAACCGACAGGAUCUUCAGGUGCAGGAACGACCCCAAGCACCGGAAGCACCGGAAGCACCGGAAGCACCGGAAGCGCAAAGAACGGGAGGCAGGCUGAAGCAGUUAACAUGAAAACCGGGAGAGACUUUAGUAGACGAAAAUUGGCUACAUAUAUUACCUAUAGGUGGUGCGGGUAUACUCAGUAUGUUGUCACUUCUGCUAUUCCGGUGCUGCUACCGAAAGAGAAGGCAACAGUGCCGAAGAAAGCUCUAAAGGAUAAAAUUACAUGA